AUGCUAUAUCCUGUACCUAUAUCUGUCCCUCCUAGAAGAGUUCCUUAUAAAAUCAUAAAUAAUUUAAAAGAAGCUUUAGAUAGUAUGUCUAAACAAAAAGUAAUAAUAAAAUGUAAUAAACCUAUAUUAGAUCUUAAGGACGGAUUUUAUCAUUGUGAGCUUGAUGAAGAAUCUCAACAGUUAUGUUGUUUUAGUACACCUUUUGGUUGCUAUACAUUUUUAAGAUUACCUUUUGGACUGUCAGCAGCUUCAGAAAAGUUCCAGGAAAUUACUACUAAAUACUUUGGUAAUAUAGAAAAUGUAAAUGUUUACUUUGAUGACAUACUUAUAGCUGGAGAAACAAUAGAGGGACAUGAUAGAGCAUUAAAUUAA